AAAUAGUCCACUGUUGAAGAGCUUUUGCGGUGUGGUAAAGCUCGCGCUUUUGGCUAGUUGUAAUCGCACCGCUGGAGCGGCAAGACACAAUAAGAAUUGUUCUGGGCGAGCAGUAUAAACCAGAUUUCCAAUCACUACCUUAAGGAAAGGCCUGCGUUCUCUUUGUGCCAGUGUGUUUGUAAUUAAUUAAUCGUGCAAUCAUGAGCAAACAACUGAUCCGAAAUGUUCGUCAAAUGAAAAAACUGCUGUCCAUGCCCGCUGCGAACGCCGCCGUAGGCUCGCACAACAACUACUUCACCUAUGUGAAUGAGCUGUCGCAUCCGCUGCCACGCGAGCCGCCAAUUGUGUCGCCCGAGGAAGCUGUGGCCUGCAUCAAGUCUGGUAACACCGUCUUCGCGCAGGGUGCUGCUGCCACGCCUGUGGCAUUGCUGAAUGCAAUGUCACAGCACGGCAAGUGCAACAAACUGGAGAACGUGACGGUGUGCCAUAUGCAUACGGAGGGACCCGCCGAGUACUGCAAGCCCGAGUACGAGGGCAUCUUCCGCUCGAACUCCUUCUUCAUGGGCGGAAAUGUCCGCAAGGCCGUUGCCGAGGGGCGUGGCGACAAUAUGCAUAUCUUUCUGCAUGAGAUUCCUUUGCUCUUCUCCAAGAAACUGGUGAAGCCCGAUGUGGCCUUCAUCCACGUGUCGCCGCCAGACAACCACGGUUUCUGCUCGCUGGGCACCAGCGUCGACUGUGUUCGCACUGCGUUGCUGCAUUCCAAGAUGAUUGUUGCUCAAAUCAAUCCCAAUAUGCCUCGCACCUUUGGCGACUCCAUCAUCCACAAGUCGCACUUCGAUUUCGCCAUCCAGGUGGACGACAAACUUCCUCAGCACGGCACCGGCGAGCUGUCGGAGGUGGAGCAGAAGAUUGGUAAAUUGAUUGCCGAGAACCUGGUGAAGGAUGGCGCCACACUCCAGAUGGGCAUUGGCAACAUUCCGGACGCUGUGCUGAACUCACUGCACAAUCACAAGGAUCUGGGCAUCCACUCCGAGAUGUUCGCCAACGGCGUUGUCGAACUGGUCAGGAAAGGCUGCGUGACCAACAGCAGAAAGAGUAUGCACAAGGGUCGCAUCGUUGGCUCCUUCCUGAUCGGCAAUCAGGCCCUUUACGACUUUGUCAACAAUAAUCCUUUCAUCGAGAUGUUGGCCAUUGACUAUGUGAACAACACGAGCAUCGUCAAGCAGCAGCCCCGCAUGACGGCCAUCAACAGCUGCAUCGAGGUGGACUUGACUGGCCAGGUGUGCUCGGAUUCGAUUGGCACACGCUUCUAUUCAGGAUUCGGCGGUCAAGUGGACUUCAUUCGCGGUGCAGCGGAAGCCCUCGAUGGCUUGGGCGUGCCAAUCAUAGCGAUGCCAUCGACUACCAACAAAGGAGAGAGCAAGAUUGUGCCAGUACUUAAGUCAGGAGCUGGCGUUGUUACCUCUCGUGCUCACGUGCACUACUUGGUCACCGAGCACGGCAUUGCCUCCCUGUUUGGCAAGAAUGUGCGCCAGCGCAUGUACGAACUGAUUCAGGUCGCCGACCCUAAGCACCGCGAGGCGCUGGAGAAGGCAGCCUUCGAGCGGCUUAAGGUGAUGCCCAGUCCCGCCUAAGCCUCACAGCCCCAAACACCGCAAUUAAUGGAAGCCGCGACGGGAACAGCAAUUGCAACUGCUAGUGCAACGUCUAAUCCUGGCUGAAGAUAUUUUGAAUAUGAAAUUAGAAUGGCUAAAGACAUUCAAUUUUCUACAUCCGGAACUUUUCAUCUGUAUGGCUAAGAAAAUCAACUAAGUGAAAAUCAUUAAAGGAAAUGUUAACUUUGUAAAUUGUAA